AUGUCUAACAAUAGCUCCAGAACAGAACUAACGCCUGUGAGCGAACAGCCAGUAUUAAGGCUUCGACCACUGAACAAACAGAACAAUGAAGAAACAAAGGAAGGAACAUCGUCAUCGUCCCCAAAGAAAAUGCGCAAGAAGAAAAAGAAGGCCAGAGUGCAAUGGACAGAAGAUGUGGUGGACAAUGAGAAUAUGAAUAAGAAAAAGACCAAGAUCUGCUGCAUCUUUCAUCCAAAUCGAACAUUUGACGAAGAAGUGGAACAUGAUCAUAGUCAUUCCGACCCUUCUUCUUCUUCUUCCUCUGAUGAAAGUGAUUUGAGUGAAGGAGAAGGGGGAGGUGGUGGAGAUAAUGAAGUGAAACCAAAUGCAUACGAACAUCAACCAGUUUAUGAAAAUCAAUCCAAAAUUCCACCUUCUUCAAAGUAA